UUGUAAUCUGCUCUUCCUCACUUUUCACUGUGUCUUUCCUCCCAUCUCACCAUCACUACAUUCACAGAACUCCUCAGACUCUUUCUGUCCCCCUUUUCCUCCACCAUAUUUUCAUCCUUCUCUUUAUUUCCUCCUCCUUCCUGUAAUGCUGUUAUACAUUCUUCUGUUUCUCAUUUAGCCGUUUCUUCACUUUCUAAUUGCUCCAUUUAUUAACUCCUUCUAUCUUUGACACAUUUCACUUCUUCUCCUUCUUUCCUAGCUUCCUCUUUUUCUAACUUGAACUCCUCCAUUACAUCACGUUUACUUAUCGAGGUAGAGUUGUAUAUUUUCAUGUGUAACUACAUGGUAGUAGUUUCAUUCCCCACCUCUGAGUGCAGGCGUACGUAAGACACACAGUAUCAUCCCUCCUCUAAUCUCUUUAUCCUGGUCAGGGUGACUGAGGAGACUCGUCUGCUGGACCCGCCGAACGCUCCAGUCCUUCACUCUUUCCAUCCCUCGGUCCCUUUUCUCCUUUUUUCCCUCUAGACUCCAAACCAGUGAGGAUUUAAAGGGUCCCAGCUUCCACAGGAGUGUGUUUAUGGGAGGUUACUCCUCUGUUUCCAUGGAGAUGAGUUUGAUGGGCUGCUGGUGGAUCUAGGCCACAUAACCACAGGUGUUGGAUUAUCAGCUGCCAAAAGAAAAACAUCUCCAUGGCUAAGGUAGGGCCGUUACUCCCACACCAAGUCUCCAGAUUAACUCCACCCUCCAUAGUUCUACAAGAUAUGGACGAGGAGCCAGGUGAAGUCAGUGCGCAGGACAGAGCCACCCAAAAAGCUGGACCGGGGUUUCUCUUCAACGUCAAUAACAGCAACAACAAUGAAGAAGACGAGGAGAAGAAGAAAAAGAAGAAGGAGAAGAAAGAAAAGAAAGAGAAAAAAGAGAAAAAGGAGAAAGAAAAAAAGGAGAAAAAAGAGAAGAAGGAGAAAAAGCAGAAAGAGAAAGAAGAAAAGGAGAAGGAGAAAGAAAAGGAGAAGGAGAAAGAAAAGGAGAAGGAGAAAGAAAAGGAGAAGGAGAAAGCCAAGGAGGCCCCUCCCAAGGAGAUCACAGUGAUUGAUCCUGCAGGAAACAUGUACUACUACUGGCUGGGUGUGAUCACUAUCCCUGUCAUGUACAACUGGACCCUGAUUAUAGCCAGGGCAUGUUUCGAGGAGUUGCAGACUGACUACUUGAUCUUUUGGUUCCUCCUGGACUUCUUGGCAGAUCUCGUCUACCUUGGUGACAUGGUCUUCAGAACUAGGACCGGUUACCUGGAACAGGGUUUGCUGGUGAAGGACGAGCUGAAGUUACGUGAACGGUACAUGAAAAGCUUUCAGUUCAAACUGGACCUGGUGUCCAUGAUUCCCACUGAUGUGUUCUACUUUGCCUUUGGAGUCACCUACCCCGAGAUCCGCCUCAACAAACUCUUCAGGUUUAACAGGAUGAUGGAGUUCUUCCAGCGCACAGAAACCAGGACAAACUACCCCAAUGCUCUGCGUAUCUCCAACCUUGUCAUGUACAUCCUCAUCAUCAUCCACUGGAAUGCCUGUCUUUACUACUCUUUUUCCAAAGCCAUCGGUUUCGGUUCUGACAGGUUUGUGUAUCCUGACCCGACCGAUCCAGAGUUUGGUCGUCUGGUGAGGAAGUAUGCCUACAGUAUGUACUGGUCCACGUUAACACUCACCACCAUUGGAGAAACACCACCACCUGUAGAGAACUCUGAGUACUUCUUCGUCGUCACAGACUUUCUGGUGGGUGUGUUGAUUUUUGCUACCAUCGUCGGUAACGUUGGCUCCAUGAUCACCAACAUGAACGCUGCCAGAGCUGACUUUCAGGCUCGCAUUGAUGCCAUCAAACAGUAUAUGAGUUUCCGAAAGGUAACAAAAGACCUGGAGAAGCGAGUGAUCAAGUGGUUUGACUUCCUGUGGACCAAUAAGAAAGCAGUAGAUGAGAGGGAAGUGUUGAAAUACCUCCCUGACAAACUGAGAGCUGAGAUCGCCAUCAACGUCCACCUGGACACACUGAAGAAGGUCCGUAUCUUUGCGGACUGCGAGGCUGGUCUGUUGGUGGAACUGGUACUAAAACUACAGCCUCAGGUCUACAGUCCUGGAGACUACAUCUGUAAGAAGGGUGAUAUUGGCAGAGAGAUGUACAUCAUCAAGGAGGGAAAACUGGCUGUUGUUGCUGACGAUGGUGUCACGCAGUUUGUUGUUCUCAGCGAUGGAAGCUACUUUGGCGAGAUCAGCAUUCUUGCUAUCAAAGGCAGUAAGGCAGGAAACAGGAGGACAGCUAAUAUCAGAAGCAUCGGUUACUCCGACCUGUUCUGUCUUUCCAAAGACGACCUGAUGGAAGCCCUGACAGAAUAUCCUGAUGCCAAAGCUCUGCUUGAGGAGAAAGGAAGGCAGAUUCUAAUGAAGGAUGGGCUGCUGGACCUUGAAGUGGCAGCGCAGGGCCCAGACCCCAAAGAGAUCGAGGAGAAGGUGGACCGGAUGACGAGCAACCUGGACUCCCUGCAGACCCGUUACGCCCGGCUGCUGGCCGAGCACGAAGCCACUCACAGCAAGCUCAAACACAGAGUCACCCGGCUGGAGAAGAAGUUGGUGCCCCCACAAGCUGAUCCGUCAGGUGAAGCUCCACCCCCAACACCUGAGAUAGAGGCAACCAAAUAAGAGGAGAAGUAAGGAGAAGACAACAAAGAAGAGGACUGGAGUGUUCGAUUUUAGAGCUGGGUGGGUGGAGAUCAAGAUGUUUGAACCUCAGGUGGAAAUUUGGAGGUCAUCUUCAGAGUUUCUGUUAAAGUUUUGAAGACAAAUUGGAAAAAAGAGGACAAAUUCUUUUUCUUGCAUUCAGAAUUAUGUAACAUCACUUCACAUGACAUCUUCUAGAGAUAAACUUCUCUUCGUAAAGUAUCGACCACCUGCUGGAUUUGUGAUGUCAGUACCUCCUACUGGAAGUAAACUGAGGAGGGGAGCUGACUCCAGAUUACACUCAGAGAGCACAAGAAGGACAACUAGGCCUCAAAAGAAAUUAAUGUGACACCAUGUAGUACUGUUUCCAUGUUUAAGUUGUAAAACAUUGUAAUUGUAAUGUAUAUAAAUAAUGAGCAGUAACUUUUCUGGAUUUUGCAGAGGUUGUUCAUAGUUCAAGCUUUUGCUUUGCAGCAGUGACUCCCAAAGUGCGAUGUGGGGCCUCCCAGUGGGCCUUGAAAGAACUGCAAUGUUCAAUUUUGUAAUUACAAAAACAUUUUUUUGAGACAUGAUUUAAAAACAGCCAUGGGAUUUAAAUUGCACCUAAUAUUUGGUCAUUUACAGUUCAACUAAAGCAGUGGCUAUCACAUGAGAAAGGGAUUUAAAGCUUUAAGGUGAAUUUGGGGUGGGGUACAGAAUAUUUGAAGAUCAGCCCAGUUUGUCCCAAGGAAAAACCCAACAUUAUUAAAUGUGUACAUAACAAAUAUGGUAUUACAUAUUGGUUUGUGAAGCCUCAGACUUUGCUGUUUUCUACCACAGCACACUAUAAUCCUUUCUGACUGCAAUAAGUACUAUCAUUUACUAAAUAAAUAUUUUUUAUUCAUUAAGACUUCAAAGUAUCAGCUCACCCCAUAAACACACUGGGAGCAUGUUUACUCAGGUCAGAGUGGGAAGUAGACACCACACAAUCAGACUAUAGGAGUUGCCCCCUGCUGGCUAUUAGAAAGAAUGCAUGUUUAUCACUUAUGCAUUGCAUCAUUUUUCAUACUGGGCAGCUGCAGCCAUCUUUACAUAUACAGUCUGUGGUUAGCUGCUGCACACCUUAAUAAACCCCAGACUCAAAGCAUAUAAUGCUCUCUCCAUCCAUCACCUUUUAUAUGCUGCGACUUGUGCUUUUUAAACUAUGCAAAAAUAUGAAUGAUAAUUAUGUUGAAUCUGGAAGCAAAAUGCUGAAAUAAAGAUAUUUUAUAAGAAAAA